GAAUCUACACAAGUACAACCGAACUUUUUCGGAUUUGUGCAAGCGCUGCCGACGAAGCAGGGCUUACAGCUGAUUGGUAUCAAAGUGAACCCACUGAAGAAGAGACUGAUUCCAUUGACAGCGAUCGCUCUCCCUUGUUAAAUAGAGAACUUUUGAGAGAUGCUCAUGUAUCAGUUGAUUCUGUUUAUUCUGUUGACCGAUCCAUUCUUUAUUCGAGCAAACUAGUGAUGGAGCGUCGUGCAUUAGAGUCUUUAGAGUGUGAUCUCGAUGAAAUCACUCAAACAAUCCUUUAUAAGAAAAAUUUCCCUGAAAACGGCUCCAUAAAAACCCCUUCUGCAAUUGUUUUGCAUUAUUGCUUGACUCAAAUUCGCGCUUCCUACAAUCUUGCAAAUGAGAUUAAUGAUCGUGCAACAACAAAGUUCGAUUCGAAUAAUAAAUUGCACGAGAAAAAGUUGUUGGAGCUAUGGAAUCUACUAAUGCCAAAUGAACAAUUGGAAGGUCGUUAUAGCGAACAAUGGACUAAAGUAUAUAUUCUUAUAGUUUGUAAAUAA